AUGUGUCUGUGCCCCUUUCUGCUGUUGCUGCUGCUGCUGCUGCUGCUGCAGGCCGAGCUGCGCGCAUCCGAAGCAGCAGCAGAAGGCCAGUUUGCGCAGCGCACAGCAGCACUGAGGGAGACAGCAGCAGCAGCAGAAAAGGAGACGGAACAGCUGCAGCAGCAGCUAGCUGCCUCAGCAGCAAACAGAGAAGCCCUAGCAGUCGAGAGAAACCGCAUUCUUAAGCUCAAAGAUUCGCUUUCUAAGGGCAAGAAACAGGAUUUAGGAUUAACUCAGAGCCACCAGCAGCAGCAACAAGAGUGCCGGGAAAAGCAGAGGCAGGUUGAACAGCAGCAGCAGCUGCUGCUGCAGCAGCAGCAACAGCAGCAGCAACAGCAGCAGAAGAUCAAAGAGCUGCAGCAGCAGCUGCGAGACAUCCAUAGACAAAAGGAAGAGACAGAGGAGAGACUCCAAAACGCCGAAGCUGCUGCUGCCAGCUUAAAGCGAGAGAAGCUGCAGCUAGAGGGAGGCAUUUUGCUGCUGCAGCAGCAGCAGCAGCAACAGCAGCAGCAGCAACAGCAGUUGCAGCAGCACCACCAACAGCAGCAGCAGCAGAUGCAACGGCGCCAUCAGCAACAGCUGCAGCAGCUGCAAAGCCAGGUGCAGCAGCAGCAGCAGCAACUCCAACAGAAAGAUUUGCUGCUGCAGCAACAGCAGCAGCAGCAGCAGCAGAAUGAUAAGCACCAGAGAGAACUGCAUGCAGCUGCAGAAGACAAGGUUGCAAGCUCUUCAACGGCUGAUGCUGCUUGCUGUGAGGAAGAGACGGCGAGACUGAAGGCGGAGAACGAAAGCCUAAAGGCGAGGCUGCGGAAGCUGGGGAGGCCCCGGGGGGGCCCCCUAGAGGGGCCCCCAGCAGUUCUUUCUAAACCCUUUGGGCCUCCCCCAUUUGCUGCAGCAAUUCCCCAGGGGGGCCCCCUUGGGGGGCCCCCCCAGCAGGCCUAUUCCCCCUCUGUGGGGCCCCCCCAGGGGCCCCCAGAUGACAGUACCCUUUCAGGGGGGCCCCCAGGGGCUCGGCUGCUGCAGAAGAAUGAAAGCGACAGCCCUCAAGCAGCAAGGGGCCCCCGGGGGGUCCCCCAGCAGCAAGGGGGGGGCCCACAGCAGCAGCGGGGGGGCCCCCAGCAGCAAGCGGGGGGCCCCCAGCAGCAAGGGGGGGCACCCCAGCAGGGUACUAGGGCCCUGCAGGGGAGACAAAGCCAGCAACAAGAUGGGGCCCCCCAGGAAGAAGGGGGCCCCCAGGGUGUGGGGAACCCUCAGCAGCAGCAGGGAGGCCCUCAGCAGCAGGGGGGCCCCCAGGAGGUGGGGGCCCCCCAGCAGCAGAGGGGCCCCCAGGAGGUGGGGGGCCCCCAGGGGGAAGAGGAAGCUGCAGCGAGAAGUGAGGCACAACAGCAGCAGCAGCAGAAGCAGCAGCAAGACGUUCUGCAGCAGAAGCAGGAGCAGCAAGAGGUGCCGCAGCAGAAGCAGCAGCAGCAGCAGCAAGAGGUGCUGCAGCAAAAGCAGCAGCAGGAUGAGGACAAGCAGCAAAUAGACACUGCUCCUUCUACGGUGUGCGCUGCUGCACCUGAGAGCUGA